AUGUCGGGCUCUCAGAAUUGCACUGCUUAUGAUGUGGUCAUCAACCAAGACUUCUUCCAGAAGUGCCAAAAGGAUCCCUUAUUCCAGCAGUUUGUAAUCCUGGUGUCCUUAGAGGGUUUAGAGAACAAAUACAAUCUGGAGCUCAGCAGAGCCUGGAAGGUGUUGAAGAACAGGAAGUUCUUGGGUUCUGUUAGCGAGCAGAACAUUCGGACAAAGAGCAGGCCAGUGAUUCAAGAGCUGCAGCCACGAGUGGAAUCCACAGUUACGCCUAAGAGACCAGAGUUUACUUUGCUUGUGGAGCCUCCUGCUGGUGACCCAGAGUACCUUGUUGCAGAAAUAAAGCUUCCUGGAGUGCCGUCCUCUCGUUCUCUGGUUCUGGACGUAGGGGAAGACCGGCUUGUGUUGACGGCUCGGCCUUCACUCUUCCAUCUUGACAUCUUCCACCCAUUCCUCAUUGAGCAGGAAAACAGCUUCGCACAGUACAAUACCAGCACACAGAUCCUCACAGUGAACAUGCCCGUGGUUUCACCAUAAAAUAACAAAUGUCUAUUAAUUUAUUAUUGUUUAAAACAAAUGCUGUACUAAUAAAGAUUUUGUAUUUUAUGAAGUUAAACCUCUUGUUUAAGUCAUAAAAAAAUCUUCUUGAAAA